GAAACAUUCUUUGUAGCAAAACAUGGGAGAGGUGGAGGAGAGUUCAAGUGUGAUGCCAAAGGUGAUAGCUUUUCUCUCUUCUAUGCUUGAAAGGGUGGCUGAAUCAAAUGAUAAAAACCAAAAGCUCCAACAGUACCAGAAGAUCUCAGUGUUCCAUGGCUUGACAAGACCCAACAUCUCAAUUCAGAACUACCUUGAGAGAAUUUUCAAGUAUGCAAAUUGUAGCCCAUCAUGUUUCAUUGUUGCUUAUGUCUACCUUGACCGUUUCACUCAAAGACAACCCUCUUUGCCUAUCAACUCCUUCAAUGUGCACCGCUUGUUGAUUACCAGUGUUAUGGUAGCUGCCAAAUUCAUGGACGAUAUGUACUACAAUAAUGCUUAUUAUGCAAAAGUUGGAGGAAUCACCAAAAUAGAGAUGAAUUUUCUUGAGUUGGAUUUCCUGUUUGGCUUAGGUUUCCAUUUAAAUGUAACUCCAAGCACCUUCCAAGCCUAUUGUGUGCAUCUCCAAAGAGAAAUGAUGUUGAUGCAACCUCUAAAUUUUAGAGAUUCCAACCCAAGUUUAGGAAAGUCAUUAAAGGCCCACUUAUGCUUCAAUGAGGAUGAAUCUUCCCACCAAAAGCAGCAACAGCUAGCUGUUUGA